AUUUCACAGCAAUUUCUUCUACUUGACACCGUCUUGCAACUUCCGGUCAAAACAAGAAAGUCACGUGUAAUAGAAAAAUAUGGUUAAAUUAAACAAGAAGAGUAAGAGGCAAACAACAAGGCUUCGGGCAAAAAUAGACAAGAAGGUUAGGGAGCACAAGAGAAAACAGAAGCGAGAUGCAAAAAAGAACCCCAAUGCAAACAAAAAGAGAAAAGAUCCUGGAGUGCCAAACAGUCUACCAUUUAAAGAAAAUAUUCUCAAAGAAGCUGAAGACAGAAAAAGACAGCUUGAAGAAGAAAGACAAAAACAGAAAGAAAGAAGAAAGAAAGAGAGGCAAAAACUGUUAGAUAAAAAAAGAAGUCUCGAUGGUAUGGUAAAAGACGCCCAGAAAAGAGCUAAUGAAUUUGAUAGAAAGCAAGCUCCAAAGGGGUCUUCAGACCAACCUAAAACAAAGAAAGUUGAAUCAUCUUUAAAAACAUUCUAUAAAGAAUUCAGAAAGGUUGUUGAUGCUGCAGAUGUUGUUCUUGAAGUCCUAGAUGCACGAGAUCCUCUCGGUUCCCGGUGUCAGCAGAUGGAAGAAGCUGUCAUUGGAUCGGGAACCAACAAACGCCUAGUACUCAUUCUCAAUAAAAUAGAUUUAGUUCCAAAAGAGAAUGUUGAGGCAUGGCUCAAGUAUUUAAAAAAUCAGUAUCCAGUGGUCGCAUUUAAAGCCUCAACUCAAACACAGAAUGAAAACUUGGGGCGUAAGAAAGUAGAAUUUCAACAGGCUAAUGAAGAUUUGAUAAAAACUAGCAGUUGUUUGGGUGCAGAUACAUUGAUGAAACUUCUUGGAAACUAUUGUAGAAGUAAAGAUAUCAAAACUGUGAUAAGAGUUGGAGUAGUGGGUUUACCAAAUACAGGAAAAAGUAGUAUUAUCAACAGUUUGAAGAGAGGAAAAGCCUGUAAUGUUGGGGCCACUCCUGGGGUUACCAAACAGAUGAAGGAGGUACAACUAGACAAACAUGUACGUCUGCUCGACAGUCCUGGUGUUGUCAUGGCAACAGAGAAAUCAGAUACUUCUGUCAUCCUUAGAAAUUGUGUCAAGCUUGAAAAUUUGGAAGAUCCAACUGGGCCUGUGGAAGCAAUUCUCAAAAGAUGUAAUAAACAACAGAUGAUGUUACAUUACUGUAUAACAGAGUAUAAAGACGUUCACGAGUUUCUGUCAUUACUGGCACGUAGAUUGGGUAGAUUAAAAAAAGGUGGUAUACCAGAUGUAAAUAGGGCAGCCAGAACUGUGUUACAACAUUGGAAUAUGGGUAAAAUAAAUUAUUACACUCAUCCCCCAGAGCAGAUGGAAACACACGUCAGUUCAGAGAUUGUAACACAGAUGGGACAGGAGUUUGAUAUUGACAGUUUACUCUCAGAUCAACAAAAAAUUAUAGAUUCUUUAGAGAAGAAAAGCACAAAACACAUGCUAGUGGAGUCAGUGGGUCCAGCAAAAGUAAUCAUGAAGGCUGAAGAUAUUAACAAGGUUGCUAUGGAUACAGAAGCUGAUGAUGAUGAUGAUGAUGAUAAUGACGAUGAGGAGGAGGAAGAUGAGGAAAUGGAUGAUGCAGAUAGUGAUGAAGAACAUGAAAGUGGAGAAGAAAUGGUAGAGGAUGAGGAUGUAGAGAUGGAAGCAGUGACUGUCUCUUUACCGAAGAGUGCACCAAGAUCUCGUGCAGACACAGAAAGUAGUUCAGCAACCACAAUAUCGUCUUCCACUUUAAGUAAGAAGUCAGAGAGACUGAAUGCAGGUUUACCGCAGUUAAAUAAAGCAAAGAAAAUGGACUUUAAAAAGAUGAAGAAACAGAGACGUAGAAGAGAUCGAGUUGCUGGAGAGCUUUCUGAUGCUUUGACAUCUGCUUUCUCACUGGGAGAUCAGGACGCUUCAGCUAAUGCAGAGGAUUCAUACAGCUUCGAGGAACAUUUCUGAAUAAAGAGUAGAGAAUCCAUACAGCUUUAAGAAACAUUUCUUAAUAAAGAGUUGAAAAUUCUUACAUCCUCAAGGAGCAUUUCUGAAUAUAGAGUUGAGAUUCAUACAGCCUCGAGGAACAUUUCUUAAUAUAGAGUUGAAAAUUCUUACAUCCUCAAGGAACAUUUCUGAAUUUAGAGUUGAAAAUCCAUACAGCUUUGAGGAACAUUUCUGAUCAGAGUUGAAAAUCCAUACAGCCUCAAUGAACAUUUCUGAAUAUGGAGUUGAAAAUCCAUACAGCUUUGAGGAACAUUUCUGAAUAUAGAGUUGAAAAUCCAUACAGCUUUGAGGAACAUUUCUGAAUAUAUAGUUGAAAAUCCAUACAGCUAUGAGGAACAUUUCUGAAUAUAGAGUUGAAAAUCCAUACAGCUUCGAGGAACAUUUCCGAAUAUAAGAGUUGAAAAUCCAUACAGCUUUGAGGAACAUUUCUGAAUAUGAGUUGAAAAUCCAUACAGCUUUGAGGAACAUUUCUGAAUAUAGAGUUGAAAAUCCAUACAGCUUUGGGGAACAUUUCUGAAUAUAGAGUUGAAAAUUCAUACAGCUUCAAGGAACUUUUCUGAAUAUGGAGUUGAAAAUCAUACAAAUUCAAAAACGUUUCUGGACCAUUCAGUUUGUAGUUCACAUGAAAAUGAAUUUUAUCACAAGGGCAUAGCCCAAGUAGUAUGAUAGUAUGCCUCUGAUUCUGAAGACAGACAACAACUUUAGUCAAAGGCAAAUCACUGAAGAGAUUUAUUUUCCAUUUUUUUAUGGUUUUCUUUUCCAGCAUGCAGCCAAGUUAUGUUUGAUGUUAUGACGUAGUAAUUGUGGGGUACAAACUUUGCAUGUGUUACAUAAUAACACACAUUUUCAGUCUUCUUUGUUUAAUAGAGAAAUAAAUCUGGUCAGUUAGAAUAUAAAUUACAGAUAGGAUGUGAACAAUAAAUUGGUUAAUGGCUCAAAUGUUCAGUCAUUGGUUAGUAAAAUCUGCAACAGAUUGGGGAUUGCAUAAGUAAUUGUUUCAUAUAGUUGUGAUUUGAUUUUUUGUGUGGUAUAAUAAAUUCAGCUGUUGUAGCUAUAUUUUGAUGAAGAAGCGUGUACUGUUUGCCAGCGGUAUUAUAAUAUAAAUAUGAUUAAAAAGAUAAAGCAUUUUGCAAGAUUAUACAAUUUGGAUAUCACUUCCCUAUAUAUAUAUUACAAUUAUAUUAUUUCAUAAAAGAAACCAAAACAAAUCACAGACCUUGUUAAAGAUAUUGUUACUAACAUUUUGUGCUAAUAAAUGACAAUGAUGUAAAGUU